CGCGAGUCAGUCGCGCCGAGAGCGCUGGGUCGGGGCGGCUGCGCGCGUGGCGGGUCUCCGGUCGGUGACGCGGGAUCUCGCCGGGCCAUGGCAGCACCUCCUGCCAAAGGAAAGAGCGAGCCGUCAGAAGAAGGUGUCCGCCUGGAGCUCCCUGUGUCCCCCAAGCCCUAUGGUGAACAGGAUAGGAGCCAGAGCCCCAGCCAGCCGGAGGACUCCCCUGAGGCAGGCGGGGAGCGGGAGGAGGAACAGGCCUUCCUGGUCAGCCUCUACAAGUUCAUGAAGGAGCGACACACGCCUAUCGAGAGGGUGCCCCAUCUUGGCUUCAAGCAGAUUAACCUGUGGAAGAUCUACAAGGCAGUGGAGAAGCUGGGGGCCUAUGAGCUGGUGACAGGCCGCCGCCUCUGGAAGAACGUGUAUGACGAGCUUGGGGGCAGCCCAGGCAGCACCAGCGCCGCCACAUGCACACGCCGCCAUUACGAGAGGCUGGUCCUCCCAUAUGUGCGGCACCUGAAGGGGGAGGAUGACAAACCGCUGCCCCCCGCCAAGCCCAGGAAGCAGUACAAGAUGGCCAAGGAGCUGAGGGGGGAUGAUGGGACCACUGAGAAGCCGAAGAAGGCCAAGGACUCAGAGGAGAGGCAAGUGGACCAGACCAUGCCAGGAAAGACCAAAUCAGACGCCACUGGCCAGACACAGCUUCCCAGCCAGGGACCCUCAAGGGAUAGCACAGAACAGCUGGGCCCGGCAUCUGGGCCCUCUCUUCCAUUCCCAGGUCCUAGUGGCUGCCCUGAGGCCUACAAGCGGCUCUUGUCCAACUUUUACUGCAAAGGGGUGCAUGGCAUCAUGUCACCACUGGCCAAAAAGAAGCUCCUGGCUCAGGUCAGCAAGGUAGAGGCCUUGCAGUGCCAAGAAGAGGGCUGUCGCCACGGAGCAAGAAGCCCCGACAAGGACCUUCAAGAAAGCCCCCAGAACCUAAGAGGGCCCCCUGCUGAGAAUUCUGAACACCAGCUAACCCCCCAGGAAGGAUUGCAGGCCCCCGGUGGCGGUGCCAGGGUGGAGGCACAGGUUGGCCCCUGCCCUGCAGCCCCUACUUUCUCAGGCCGUUUUCAUGCGUACCCCACCGAGGUGCUGAAGCCUGUCAGCCAGCACCCCAGAGACUUCUUCUCCAACCUUAAAGACAGGGUGCCGCUGGGAGCACCUGGUAAAGAGGAAGGACCUUCAACCAAAGAGCCCCAGCUGGUGUGGGGCGGGGGUGCCAACCGCCCCUCUGCAUUCCAUAAAGGCAGCCUCAGGAAGAGAAGUUUCUACCCCAAGCCCAAGGCCUGCUGGGUAUCCCCCAUGGCCAAGGUUCCCGCUGAAAGCCCUGGAGCCCCACCCCCCAUUCCCAGUAACCCAGGCCUUGGUAAUAAGCGCAGCUUGGAAGAAGAGGCAUUUGCUCUUGGUGGCAAAAAACUAAGGGCAGUGUCUCCAUACCUGAAGGAGGUGGACGCCAAGGGAUGCGGGGUCAAGCCUGCAGCACCUGGCUUGGCUGUCUCCUGCCUACUGGACCCAGCCCUGGGGCCCACUCAUCCAGAGGCCUACAGGGGUACCAUGCUGAGGUGUCCCCUGAACUUCACCAGCAGCCCAGACCCUCUGAAGGGCCAGGCUACACUCCCAUUCAGCCCCCUGGUCAUCCCAGCAUUCCCAGCCCAUCUCCUGGCUACAACAGGCCCCUCCUCACCCAUGGCUACCAGCCUGAUGCACUUCCCUUCCACAUCCUAUGACACUGUCCUCCACAACAGACUGGGUCCAGCUUCAUCCGCCUGGCACGUGCCACCUGUCACCACCUAUGCGGCACCCCAUUUCUUCCACCUCAACACCAAGCUGUAGCUUCGAGCCUGUUCUGCUGUGCAGUGGAGGAUUUGGUGGGGCCUCAAAUGGGCACUGCUGCCAGGGAACUCAGGCUAGAGCAGACUGCCUAGGAUUCCCAGGCCAGUUAGCCUCCCUGGCACAGACCCGGGGAGGCAGGGGCCUUGGCUGAGUGAAGCAGCCUGAGCCCAAAGCCCAGGGACCAAGUUGUGGUAAGAUCAUGAAAAUACCCGAGUUGGUAUUCUCUCCACAGAGGCCAAGAAGACUGAAAGGCCGAGGAGCUAGAUGGCAGCUCAAGGCAUCCAGGGUGGCUGUGAAAGGUCCAAUAAAAAGACACUGGUGUGAUUGCCCUCGGCUCUGAGGUAUGCAGCAUUGGACUUUGGCAAAGAGAGGUGCGAGCUUGUGCAUGUGGUCACCAGUGUGGGAGCGAAGAUGAAAUGGCGCAGUUCUGGUCUGGAUGCUGCCACCUCACUGGAGAGGCCUGGCUCAGGGCCAAACGCAGCCUCUUCUGCAUGGAUAAGCAGCCAUGCUUUCUUUCACUCCAGCCCCAGGGCACCUGCCUGAGGCUGUCGUGGUGCAAAGCCUAGAGCACACUAGUGACUUGUGAGACACAAGGAAAGGGCUAUGGGAUUCCAACCCUCUGAGCCAAGCAACAGGCCCAGCCUCAGGGCACACGCACGACUUGCACCUUUCAGCCCAAGAAGGACGUUGCUUGCUCUGAGAGGUUCUUGCUAUGUUGCUCGGGUUCGUGUCAGAGUCCUGGCCUAAAAUCCUGCUGUGGCCUUCUCAGUAGCUAGAACUACAGGUGUGAACCUCUGUACCUGUGGAGAGGUGGCCUUGGGGGCUCUUAACACAAAGCCGAAGCCAAUCUGUCUGUCCUGGUAGUGGGCAGGCUAGUGAGCCCUGCUGCCUCAUGCUGCCAGGGACCUGCCACACCCAUUUUCCUGCUCAACACAUUGGAUUUGGGGUGAGCAGCAGAGGGAUCCAUCUCUGCCUGCAAAUCUGCUGAGAAGUCACAGUAAGUUUCAACUGUGGUUGCUCCAGGGGCCACACAGAAACCCAUGGCAUGGCACCCUCCUCCCGUAGAGAUGGCUUGCUCUGCCAGUCCCCAGGAGACUGUCAUUACAGCUCCACAACUGUCCCUGGAAAGGCAGUGCCACCAUGACCCAGAGAGGCCAGGAUGGAGGCCAGUGAAGCAGCUCAGCAGAUGAUUACUGGCCUGCACCAGGGGAACUCACUGUGUUCCUGCAGGCCAUGGGUAGGAGGGCAAGCUUUUAUGGCCCCCUUAGUUCACAAGGGGGAUGGCCAAGGCCAGGGAUGGGAAGUGAGCAUGCCUGGCUCUGGGAAGAGGGUAACCAGGGAAGGCGGUUGCCUGUGGAGGGGAGUUGAAGCACAGGUGCCCCCCAGGACCAGGUAGCCAGAGGGUGGGCAGCCCCAUUGACGCACUCAGGCAUCUUUCAGCUCUGCCCCUUCCUUCUGGAGACACCACGACGCCAGCCUGAGUAAGGAACAGCCCUGAGCUGGCUGCCCCACUGCACCCAUGCGCUACCCCGUCCAGCCCAGCGAGGAGGGACUCUAGGCCAGCAAAAGCCUCGGGUGCUGUGCUGCAGGCUGGGAGGCCAGAUCCCAGGGUAGGUGGAGGCUGGCUUUGUGUGUGGAGGGAUCCCCUUCAUCUCCAAAGUCACGCUCCUCUCAGCCUGCUCAAGGGUGGUGUGGCCCAGGCUGCAGGAGUCAGGCCCUCUGGAGGCACAUCUGGAGAGCGCACAUCCUGUCGGGGGUAGCAGGGUGGAUGGAUUCCUGGGCUGGAUCUGCUACUUCUGCUUAAGCAGUGACACAAGAAAUGAAUGGAAGCCAGGCUUCCUGGAAAACCUUGGAAUCGGCGCCCACGUACUAGCCUCACACUGCUCUCCCGCCUACUGUGGAUGAGAACGAGCUCGGAGGAGACUGCAAACGCUGGCGGCUGACUGUGGGGGAGGCGUGCUGCAUACAUCUUCCCAUGUUCAUUCCUGUCCCUGCCCCAGAGGACCCAUGGACCAGCAGAGCUGGCAGAGUCUGUGUGCAGGGUCUGCUUCCAAAUCAUACGUGAUUUUUGAGCUGCUAAUGGCGGGGGGGGGGGGGGGGGCAGAGGCCACCCUGGAAUUUGUGCUAACCACAUCCCUGCCCAUGGUCCCAACUUAUCUCCCUGGUAAGUGCUUAAGUGUGAUGAGUUCGCAGGCACAUGUUGCCCUGUGACUGUCUUGAGUGCCAUUGGAGUGCAUCAAAUGUCUAUCUCCCACAGGGGGCAGGUGAACCACCACGGUUGUUUGUUUGUUUUUACAAGACAGGGUUUCUCUGUGUAGCCCUGGCCGUCCUGGACCUCAGUCUGUAGAGCAGGCUGGUCUUGAGCUCACAGAGAUGCCCCUGCCUCUGCCUCCCGAGUUCUAGGAUUAGAAGCGUCACCACCUGGUCCCCACCAUGGUUUUAAACAGAAUGGCCGGCACUGUUCUUUGUGAAUGGCUAGAGGAGGCGAUGGGAGAAGCACAGCAGAAAGUCCCUGAGGCACUGGCAAAAGACUGGGGUCCAAGAACCAGGGGCAGGUGGGGUUAGAACAGAGGAAGCCAGAGGUGACUCAGGCUGCAUUUGGAGCCUUCUAGUCCAGGGGGCAGUUGGGCUUUUAUGUGAAAUAAAAGGUGGAAGGGUGUCCUGGCUCCCAGGCUUCUUUGCUUUAUGGUGCUGGGGAUAGAUACAGGGCACUGUGCAUGGUCAGCAAGCACUGACCACUGACUGCACCCCAGCCCCAGCCUCUGGCAGAUGGCGGGUUGGGUGCUCUGGAGUAGAUCAGGGAGCGUAUCGUUGGAGAUGGAAGAGACUGCAUCUGGACCCAGGUCUGGGGGUGCCAUGGAUAUCUUCUGACCAGUGUUGCUGUUUAUUCCGUUAGCAGAGUGUGGGGCUGGGCUUGGAGAGGGGCACUAACGAGUGAUCUCACAGUAGAGCGAGCUGUCCGAGGGCACAGCUAAGGCAUUCGAAAAGCUCGGGUUUCCACUUGAGCUUAGUGGAGUAUCCCCACACCUAGGAGGCCAGCUGGACGUGGUCUUAAGGCAAGGGACAGCUAAGGCCCACUCCAGGAGGCACUGAGGUGGCUGUAGGAGAGGACACCAAGAGGACCAGUGAGUGAAGUGGGGGUGGGACCUGGGAAUGGGGGUAAGACCUCCAGACUUUAGGUCCUGGCGAGCUGUGGGCCCUUGAGCUGGACUGGGACAAUGAGAGGCUUGGCUGACAUCAGCAGUUACUGGUUGCCGGAUGAAGGAGCAAGGAGCUGUGGAAGGAGCUCAGGCAUGGGGAACUUUGAAACUAAAUAUAAGGGCAGCGGGCAUCUGGGGGGGGGGGGCACAGCAGCCAGGAUGAGGUGCACAGGAAGGAAGGAGGUGGGGCCUCAGCAAAAACAGUACACGAGGCAGCACGCAAAGGUUAGUUCCCACACGAAGAUGCUGGCCAGAGCCUCAGGCUGGCAGAACAGACAUUAGAGAAGGCCAGAGAGAGACACACUCGUGACUGUAAAGGGAUUUAAAUCAAUAGGAGAGACUUCCCGACAUGUUUAGGUGUGUUUGCUUGUUUUCCAAUGUGCUGGAGAGAACCCAGAGCCUUGGGUUUGUCAGGCAAGUGCCCCUCCCAAUGAGCUACAUCAGUAGCCCUUAGGCGUUA